GAUUGUGAGAGAACGACAUCAUUGUCGGCGUGCUUGACUAACUCAUUUCCUGGUGAACAAGACGAAAAAGCAGAUGUGGCGAAUGGAGGAAAGCUGCUGCUCACACGCCCGUGCAGCGGGUUUCCUCUCUUGAGCUCCGCCGCACAGCGACUGCAGCACUUGAGCGCUUAAGGGAAAAUGGGGCUCAUCGAGGUCUUCGGGGUGAUGUAUUUCACUGUGGUUUGUGCAGCUCAGGAUUAUGUGGACUACGAGGAUGUCACUGCCAUGUUCAUGGACAGAACCGGCACGCCAUCCCCUGACAACUCUUCCAUCUACGGAGUCACCGCCACACUCAGCAACACGUUUCCAACUAGCAAAGCGUCAACUCAGCCCAAGAUUGUUUAUGAGCCUCCAGUCCCAUCGCUGCACCUGCUGUCCCCCUGGGGGGACGUGUUCCCCUUUGAGAAAGCAGUCUUUGAGUGUCGUGUCAAUGACAGCACUGAGUGGACCUUCACUUGGUCCAGAAAUGGACACCCGGUGCAAGAGGGAGACCGAAACGUGUCUUUAAUUUCGCUGGCCCGAGCGGCGUUAACGAUCACUGCAGCAUCUCAGGCGGACGGUGGACUUUACGACUGUCAAGCUCAUCACAAACUAAAAGGCGAUUCCCUCAGUAGUAACCUACUUGAACUGAAAGUGUAUGAAAACACACCCAUCCCGGCGUUGGUUCCUGACCCAAAGUUGGAGCAAAUGUUCCCCGGAGAGUCUGUCACCUUCCAGUGCAUGAUCAACGUGUCGUCUGGAUGGGAAUAUCUGUGGUACCAUAAUGACAAGGAAAUCCAACGAUGUCAUAAUAACAUAUGUGAAAUAGUUUCUUUAGCGCUCUCUGACAGUGGGCAAUACCACUGCAAAGCCAAGAGAGGGGGAGAAAGUCCUUUCUACACAGAGAAGAGUAAAAUAUUCAACCUGCAGGUGUCUGAACCACCCAGACCAAGUCUCAAGUUGAGGACUUCCUGGUCAGAUGUCUUCCAAAUGGAAAGCGUGGCGAUGACUUGUGACGUGGGCAGCCCCGAUUGGACAUUCACUUGGCACAGAAACGCAACUGAGCUCCGAGAGGACCCAGCGGUGGUCCUGAGUUUGGGGGGAGUUCUUCUCAACAUCACGUCCGCUUCUCGAGCCCACCAAGGACUAUAUGCUUGCAAAGCGCACCUCGAGUCCAGGAGAGUCAGCUCUGAUUUCAGCAACAUGGAGAGCAUCACAGUUUAUGAAAAUAUUCCGAAACCGUCCCUGAGAAAGGAUCCAGUUUUGAACUCAAUGUACAUUGGUGAAACCAUCACAUUCACCUGCCAAGUUCACAUGGGGUCCGGAUGGCUGUACAGCUGGUUCAGAGACGGAAAUGAGCUCGCAGUUGCUGACGCGAGCCUCCGAAUCCACCUCAGCCCUCACGAGAGGGGGACCUACUGGUGCAAGGCCACCAGAGGGCAAAGAACGUCAACGGACAUCAGCGAGCGCAUCACUCAAGAUGUUCUGGCAAUUCCUCUUCCAUCUUUGACGCUGAGCAGUCAGUGGGCUGAUGUGUUCCCCACUGAAAGCGUGUUAAUGAGCUGCGCCAUGGCCGAUGGCUCCGGCUGGACGUAUAUGUGGCGCCGCGACGACGAGGUGUUGUCCAGCGACGACACAGUGUAUUUAGGGCCAGGGGGAGCCAACCUGAGCAUCGCCUCGGCUUCAGCCUCUCACCGAGGACGAUACAGCUGCUCGGGGAAGCUCCCGAGCAGGUCUGUUAGCAGCAAGUUCACAUCGGGAGUGACCCUCAGAGUUUAUGACAGGAAGCCCAAAGCCAAAUUGGAGCAGGACCCAGAACACAUGGUCUUGCACACGGGAGAUCCUGUCUCCUACAGCUGUCGUGUCAAUGUCUCCUCUGGAUGGGAGUACGUGUGGUACAAAGAUGACACUCAACUUGGCGUAUCUGGAAUGAACUACACCAUAGAUUCUCUGAGGAAAACAAACGCUGGAUCGUACAAAUGUCAAGCAAUCAGAGUGAAAGCUAUUGAUAUCUUCAAGACGGAACAAAGUCGGACUUUGAAGCUCCAAGUUGAUGAACGGCCAACAGCAAAUAUAAUUGUGUUGACUGGUUGGUCUGAGGUAUUUUCCACAGACAGCCUCGUCCUAACGUGUGAGGUGAAGGGCAGUAAGGACGUGUGGAACUACACAUGGUUCAGCAAAGGACAACAGCUCGUGAACUCGUCAUCCGACAGAUACACGGUUACUCCUCAAAAUGACCCUGAGCAGAGCCAAUACAUUUGCCAGGGUAUUCGCAGCGGGCGGCCUUCCUACUCCAAAGGCAGCGCUCCUCUCACUACUAGAAACCUGCUACUGAAGAGGCGGGUGCUCCUUUCCAUCUCCGGCUGCAUUGUGUUCGGCAUCGCUGCAGUUUUCUUUGGCUGCCUGGUUCUGAGACUCACCAGAAAACCAGCGGACGAUGAUGAGGGACCGGAGGAGGGUGAGCUCUUCCUCACCAUGGCUCAGCUCAAGGACCGUGAUGAUGCUCCUUGUCCGCUGGUUGAUUACGUCACAGAUGUGGAAUUAAAUGCUCCAGCAAAAGAAGAGGUAGACAUUAUUCACACUGAAGAAACAGUGACGUCGCAAGAUGACCAAGCUGUGACAACGAACAGCAGUGAAAAACAUCCAGAGGUUGAAGGCAGCCUGGUUUCCUUUCAGCACUGAGCCACCAAACGUGUUUGUGUUAAAGUUUUUGAAACCUUCAUGCACCAACCAUGGGAAAAGCUUGUUUAAAAAAGAAUGUGGUUGCUGUUGGGAGGAAUCCUCGCAUCUUCCAAAUCACUGCUUUUCCGGGGGUAAAAAAAAACCCGGCAUCCUGCUUGUGUGACCAACCACCACAUCAUUCAAGUUGUAUAUGUAUUACAGUACUUUAUAUUAAAUACCGUUGAGCACUAACAUCAA